AUGGCCAAUGUCAGCCUAGUGACUGAGUUUCUCCUGGAGGGCUUUGCUGAGGUGUGGGAGCUCAGACUCCUGCUCUCUAUGUUGUUCCUGAUGAUGUACUUGGCCACCCUGUUAGGGAAUCUGAUCAUCAUCACUGUUACCACCAUUGACCAGAACCUGCACACACCCAUGUACUUCUUCCUCAGGAAUUUAUCUAUCCUGGAUAUGUGCUACAUUUCUGUCACUGUCCCCAAUGCCUGUAUCAACUCCCUCACCAACAACAGGACAAUUUCUGUAACUGGCUGUGGAAUGCAGGUAUUUUUUGUACUUUUUUGUGCAAGUGUGGAAUUGUUGCUUCUCACAAUCAUGGCCCAGGACCGCUACGUGGCUGUCUGCCAGCCCCUACACUACCAUGUCAUCAUGAACCACCUGUUCUGUGUCCAGACCACACUGGUUUCCCUACUUAGUGGUCUCAUCUAUGCAGCUCUUCACACUGGCAACACUUUCCGACUGACAUUCUGUCAAUCCAACGUGAUCAGUCAGUUCUUUUGUGAUAUCCCCUCUCUGCUGAAGUUGUCCUGCUCAGACACCUUUAGCAGCCAACUCUUACUUCUUUUGUCGGCUGUGGGAAUAGGCGGUGGCUGCUUUAUCUUCAUUGUCUUGUCAUAUGUUCACAUAUUUUCAACAGUGAUGAAGAUUCCAGGUAAAGAAGAUCGAGGAAAGGCCUUUUUCACCUGUGUGCCUCAUGUUCUUGUGGUGUCUGUGUUUCUUAGUAGUGGUUCCGUGGUGUACUUAAGGCAGUCACCAAACACUGAAAUAAUUGAGGAUAUGCUUCUAUCUGCAUUUUAUUCCAUUGUUCCACCAUUCCUGAAUCCUGUGAUCUACAGUCUUCGAAACAAACAGAUAAAGCAGGCUGUACAUAAAGUCAUAUUAAGAAGUAUUUAUUCAGAAAAAUAUUAA